GCACGCCUCAUCUCCGAUGGUGAGACUGUCAUCACCAACAUCUUCUACAACUCCAUCCCCGGUCCUUCCAAAGGCGGCCUGUUCUGGGUUAUCUAUGUCUUCGCUAUCCUGGCUACCCUGAUUGCCUCGCAAGCCUUAAUUACUGCGUCAUUCAGCCUCAUACAGCAGCUGAUCAACAUGCGCAAUCUACCCGCCUUCCGCAUGGUGUAUACGUCUGAAAAGACCCAAGGCCAAGUCUACAUUCCGAUCGUAAACUGGGCUCUGAUGAUCGUGGUCGUUGUGGUCGUUGCGGCAUUCAAAAGCUCGACCGCAUUGACGAACGCAUAUGGGCAUGUCCAUUUAUUCCCGAGUUCGGGAUUCGCCGUUGCGACUGUCAUGAUAACCACCACCGUCCUUAUUUCUAUCCAAUUCAAGUAUGUGAAGGGCCUGUCAGGGUGGUUAGGACUACUCUUCUUCUUGACCUUCGGCUUCUUUGACGGCCUCUUUUGGGGUGCUGCCGUGCGGAAGGUCCCUCAUGGCGCCUGGGUCCCGUUGAUGAUCGGCCUUAUCAUACUCAGCUCCAUCCUCUUCUGGACAUGGACAAAACGUCUCGAGGAUGACUUUGACGGCAGCACACGCGAGAACCUGCGCCAUGUCAUCCUCUGCCGAGAGGAAGAUGAGGUUGACGAGAAGGCUUCUACGUCUUCUGAGGAUCGCACCAUGUAUGAGGCGACAGGGCACGUCGUCAUCGCAAGCGAACGCCCCAAGGACAACAUCCCUCGAUUCAUCUUAACGAGACAGCAGAGCCAUGACAGUACUACCGGACAUCAUAAGGCUGGCCAGACCAAGAAGCCUCUCGCACGUAUACCCACAUGCGCCGUCUUCCACAAAUUGACCACUGGGCGGGGCGUUCCACAUUCAUUUUCCUCAUUCCUGCGGCAUUGGCCCGCACUCCCGCGGCUAGUCAUUUUCCUAUCUGUUCAGGUUCUUCACGUAGCGAGGGUCCCCCCGAGCGAGCGUUACUUCGUCACUAGGGUCCGUUCCAUCGAAGGCUUCUAUGGUGUAACGUACUGCCUUGGCUUCCGUGACGACUUUGACGUCCAGAUCACCGAGAUCGUCGAUCGUAUAUGUGACCUCGAGACUCGCGCCAACCCUGAAGGCUCGGUCGCUUUGCUUCAGGAGAUCCGGAGCGUUGCUGAGAGCUAUACUCACAUUGUCCCGCAUUACAUGGUCAGAAGCCGCAACAAACCCGGAGGCAAGCUGCGCUGGGUCCAAAAUUGGGUCAGACGCCUUCUUGUCGAAGAAAUCUAUCAGCGACUAUCGACCAUGUUUCCCGAGACGGCAAACUGGCUCGGUUCAACUGACGAGAUCAUUCAUGUAGGGGUACACGCGACUAUUUAA